GUCAGCUGGUCGGAAGUGUCCGCCUAAUAUGUCACUCCGUGCAUGUUGCGCUUAGCAAGCAGAAUAUGAUCACCUCUUUCAAUGCAACCCGUCGAUGUUGAAUUGAAUCCCAUGGAGUACGAUGAUAGUUGCAUAAAUACUAAUGCAACCCGACUAUGCUUUCAGUUUUAUUUUCCUUCCUUUCAACCUUGAUAAACAACCCCUCCUGUCAAAGUGAGCUAUCUGGGGUUAGCUUGUUGUUGUUGCUAAGCCAGUGUAAAGCAGGUGGACUAUAUUUUGCAGGGUUUCCAGCUUUAAUGUUGACAACAUAACGACAACAAGGACAGUUCAUGGCAGCUCGACAACCUUUCACAGAUACAGAUACUGCCGACGAGGCAGUGAGGGCGACCUGCGACGAUGCAACCACAUGCAAAAGGUGAAACCAGGACUUUGACAGUGGUACUCAGUUAGACUCAUAUGAUUUGGUAUUUUACUGCCUCUGUUGAGCCACUGUUUAUUACUGCGUCAUUAUUACAGGCGAAAAAUCCACGUAAAACCAGACGAAACGGAAGGCUUUGUAGUUAUAUUUGGUACAUUUUAUAAUUAAGGUAUCUAAAUGAACAGCUUUAGUUAUUGUUGCUCAUUUUAGCUUAUUAGUGAGUAAAUAGCAGUCAUUUAGAGAUGCUGCCACUGCAGUGGAAAGGUUGUGGCGCAUAAAAUAAGUUCACCAGGCUCCUUUAAUUUUGUUUUGACUGUUUGUUUACAAUUUCAGUUCAUUCUCAAUCCGUUCAAUGCUUUAUUUCAGUUGUAAUGUAGCUUUACUUUUUUUUUUUUUUUUAAAUGCUUUUAGUUUAGUUUCGGUCUUAGUUUUACUGUGAUUUUGUAAACUAUGUCUCUGUUGUGUGGUGAGACAAAAAGCCAAACAUGCCCUGAGUAAUAACGACUAACAACACAAAAUCAAAAGUGCUAAAAUUGUUAUCCAAAUGCUGAAGACAAGCAGCGACAUAAUGAUUCUUUCUCUGUAUUGUGCUAGUGAGUGCUCUGUAUUGUGCUAGUGAGUGUUUCUUGGCAAAGUCCGGCUUUUAUGAUUAUUCAAGAGAACAAAGCUAUUUUUUCCAUUAUAGUUGGUGUUAUUUUGGCAGUUUUUGUCAACAUUGUUUAGCUAGAUUCUAGCCUACAGAGCCACCGUGGUAGCUGUGAAUAAUAUUUCACUGUACAGUAAGUACAGCAGAGUAAGCACAACACAUGCUAAAAUCUGGACAAGAAGGACCAACGCAAAUGCCAAAAAAAUGGCCACAAGUCCUUACAGGCAAUGCACAGAGUGUACAUGAGCUUAUGUUGUUGUUUUUUUUCAUCCUAAACAUCAUUAAUGAAAUUUAUCAUUCUUAUUUUAGGUUUGCUACCAGUAAAAGCUAUUGGAAAGACUCCUAUAUCCAGUAUUUUGCAAGAUCUGUAGGAGAACGAAAGGCACCUGAAAUCAACAGAGGUAAGAAAUGUUCCUCAGCACACAAAUAUAUUAUCAUUUAUUAUAAGUAUAGCCUACAUUAGAGAAUGAGGGUAGAAGUAACAUUGGUCAGCUGCAGAUACUGACCAGGUGUUAACUGCAGCUUGAGAUUCACAAGCUCCAUAUUGUAGAUUUGAAAGAAUGUACCCAGUAGUCAGACUGUUUAUCACAAGCUAACGACUCCUCACUCUACAAUGUGGUGAGGGAGGCCUCAGCAGUAAAUUUACAUGUUUACAAAGUCAUGAUGUUUACAGAUACUUCCACAGCAUACCUGCCAACAUUUAAGGAGAUUUUGCGGUGCACGCCGGGCAGUUUUGGGGCUACCUUGUAUGGUGGAUAUGAGCUAACUAUAAGAGUAUUUGUAAUUAGAUUGCUCAUCCAUGUAGUAUAAGUGAAGCUGCACACUUUUUUGUUUUGUUUUAACAAUAACAAAUGGUAAUAAAAAAAUAAUAGCUACGAUAUGCCUUGAACUUAUUUAGUCCACUGAUAUUGGUGUUAAAGUCCUCAUAUAUUUGCUCUUCUGUAUAGAAUAUAAUAGAAUAGAGUAGAAUAUUCCUUUAUUGAUCCCCCAUGGGAGAAAUUUUUUUGGCACAGCAGCAUCACAGACAAAGGUAGUGCAAAAUGCAGUUAUAAAAAUAAAGAUCGUAAUAUUAAUAACUUAAAUAAAUGUUGUAAUUAAGAAAAAAUUUAGAAAAACGAAAAAGGGGAGAAGAUAAAAUCAAAUAAAAUUAUAUACAAUAUACACAAUUUACAGGCUAUACAGGCAAUAUAGGCAACAGGCAAUUUACAUGUCGUAUGAGGAUAGUUUACAGCUUAAACUGACCUGAAUCAUCCAAAUUGUAAAAAGUAAAAGUAUCAAUCCAGCAUCUGUGAGGCUCAGCAGAAACACACAACAAUCUUUGGUUGUCUGGAAACCUGGCAAGUUUUGACAAAUGUAGUGAUCCGAUUCAUGAAUGAACGUGGACCAUGCAAACUACGGUAGAGUCCCGUGAGAAAUGACAAUACGGGACAUGGGCGGGGGAUAGGUCUGAAAUACAGGAGAGUCCCGGGAAAAAUGGCAGAUAUGUUCCUCAAGACUCUUUUUGUACACGUGCUGGUAUUUCAAAUGUUGUACUGCUAAGCCAAACUGCAAAAAUCCUCUGAUAUACGUCCUUUAUGGUGCUUGUGACACAUGCUAAGUACAUUUUUUUUAACUGCCUACAUAUCUCAUCUGACAGGUUACUAUGCCCGUGUUAAAGGAGUGAACCGUCUGCUUGACGCAUUUUUAAGGAAGACAGAGUGCAGUUGUCAAGUAAUCAACCUAGGUGCUGGAUUGGACACCACAUUUUGGAGACUAAAGGUUAGUGCUUUGGCUAAUUGUUUGCACACAGAUCUAAAUGUGCAUCACGUUUGUACUGAUGUGACUUUUUUAUCACACAGAACAAAAUAUACAAAAAACAUAUGUGAUACAAAUGUACAACGCAGUACACCGAUCUUUAGUCUGUUUGUCUGUGUGUACAUAUAUGUAAACAUGUGUUUUACAGGAUGAAAAUCUCAUGCCAAGGAAGUUCUUUGAAGUGGACUUUCCAACAGUUGUGGCCAGGAAAAUACACAAUAUUAAGUAAGACACCCUUGUUUUGAAUCUUUUUUUCCCUAAACUUUAUUGGUUUUUUUUUUUGUUUUUUUGUUUUUUCUGUGUGCCUAACAUACGCCAGAGCAGCCAGAUGAAUGUGUAAGCAGCACAGGAAAAGUUCAUCUCCAACUGCAAUGAGCUUUUGGAAUUCAUCGGGACAUCUGAAGUAGUUUGCCAUUUGAUCCAGAAGAGGGAGCUCUCAGCAGAACCUGAUAAUGUCAAGCACUUUUGACCUGUAAACAGUAAACAGACGUUGAUGUUUUCCCACAGAUCUCCAGUGUAGAAAUCUCCAUCACACUUGUUACCAACACGAAUGUUAAGUAGAAAAAUGUAAUCUUAUUCAUCAGAAUAUUUUUUAAAUGAUUAGGCUUUUAGUUUUCUUCUUUUUUGGUUUAGAGCUGCAGUGUGGAGACUGAUCUGUAGAGGAAGACAGAGGCCCGUUUGAACAGAAAUAGCAUCUGGAAUUUUCUAUCACAAUGGGUUUGAUAAAUAGUGAGAGGGUAUUUAUAUUACAUGUCUACUUUUUUUAUAUGUGUGUGGAUGAUUUUUACAUUAUUAUAUUUGUUUUACUUUUAUGAGAUAAAUCAGUAUAUAAGGUUGACAGACUGUUAAACAGAAAACUGAAAUCAUAAAACAGAGAACGGUAAAUUUCUUUGAUUACAGGUUCUGCUUUAUUGUUGAUGCCAGUGUUGGUAAUAGACUAAAACGACUUUCUCUUUUCACCAGGACCAAACCACCUUUAUCCAGACCCCUCAUUGAAACCCACUCCACAGACUCCUUACUGCUAGGUAAAGCUCACACGUCACAGUCAAAACAUGACAAGUUUGGGUUUAUUACAUCACUCCUUGUGAGAAAAUCCUUCUUCUGGAUCUCUUUUUCUGUUUCCUGAUGGUUUUGUUUGUUUUGAGUAGAUGCCCACAGCCUCGACUCAGAUCGUUACUGUAUCAUCGGGGCAGACCUCAGAGAUGUUUCCAGUUUGGAUGAAAAACUGAAGAAGUUCCAGCUCAACCCAGAGUAUGUGAAUACGUUAUCCUGUUUUUAGCUCUGGUGUUAUGUUUCAUUAUUACCCAACUUUCUUACCAAUAACCCAGCUGUUUUCAGUACUUGAUUCUGAUUGGUCAUACCCUCAUAGCAAAGCUAUAAAAUUCUGGAUCACCAGAGUGAGGCUAGAUCACUUCUUCAUAUCAACUUAAUCUUGGGGAAGAAGCAAAAAAGUUAGUUUGUGUUAGCCUCAUGGAUUGGUUAGUUUAAUAGUAUGAUGGACAUUUUAAUACUGGAUCCUGCCCUGAAAUCCAAGCAGCUGAAGCAAAGCUGUUGAGUGUGUCUGUGAGGCACAGUCUCCGGGGGCGCAGUAAUUGUUGCAGUUGAAGGCUUAUUCAUGGCAGCAGGCUGUCUGUAGCAACAAUCCUCAAGAAACUUAUAGAAAAGGGGGAUCAAAGCUCCUGGGAAGACAUUAAAAAAAGAGAAAUACAGUCAUUCAGAGACGUAAAUGUGAAAAACAUACAGAUAAAGAGACAGGGAGGGGCUGAGUAAGUCAAAUUUAGAGGAACAUUCAUUUGUACCAUCUGUUAUCACUGUUUUUAGGAAUUGCAGCUUUGCAGCUUAUCUCUGUGUCUUCUUAUUGAAAUGAACUCCUGAUAAGAGAGGUUGUUUCCAGCUGUAAUGACAAAGACACGUCUGACGCCCGUCACCCAAUUUAAAGGGAACCCCCACCCAAAAAUGCAUCUUUUGAACACUUAACCCCUUUGUUGCUAAUAUGCUAGCAUGUCCAAAAACUAAAGGGUCUGAGAGGGUUUCAUCAAAGACAAACCCAAAUUCUACUGAAGUUAGGAUGUUGUGAAAAUGUGAAUAAAAACAGAAUAAAACAAUUGGCUCAUCCCUUUCCACCUAUGUUCAAUUGAAUGCACAACAAAGAAAAGGCAUUGAAUGCUCAAGCUGACCAACUUUAUUGAUGUUUUGCAAAUAUUCACUCAUUUUGAAUUUGAUGCCUUUAAAUGGGAGACCGGUCUGGACUGCAGGCAGGCCAGUCAAGUCCUUGUUAAGUAGUCUAGUGUUGUUGAUAUCUGGCUUUGGCUUUGCCUGGUAGAGUUUAAACUUGCACUUGUAGAUGUAGAGACAAACUAAACACUGAAGUUUUUCUGAGCCCAGGUAAUGCAGAGCCGCCUGAGGGGUCAAAGGUCACAAAGGUCUCCAGAUUCUCUGGAUAUUUUUAUGGUAUUGUGGACUGUAGAUGAUGAAAUCCCUGCAUUUCUGGCAGUGUCAAACUGUUUGAACUAUUUGCUCGCACAGUUGUUGACAAAGUGGAGAACCUUGCCUUGCUUGUAAAUGACUGAGCCUUUGAGGAUGCUGCUUUUAUACCCAAUCAUGACACUCACCUGUUUCCAAUGAACAUGGUCACCUGUGGAACAAUCGAAACAGGAGUUUUUGGAGCAGUCCCCAAUUUUCUUUUGUUGACCCUGUCUAAGCUUUUCUUGAAACAUGAUACGAUGAUGCUUUUACAUGAUAUUUAACGUUCAGUUUGUAUAUCCAUUAUUAAGCAUUGACUUUGUAGUGUAUUCAAUUGAAUUAAGGUGGUGCAGAUCUUUGUAUCCCAUUUUUAUUCACAUUUUAACCAACAUCCCUACUUCAUUGGAGAUGGUGUUUGCAUGAACAUACUGUAAAGGACAGAAAAGUUCACUCUACAUUGUUGAAUAACCUGAAAGGUUAUGGAUGGAUUGUCAUUCUAUUGGUAAGACAAAGACUCAUCCUCAAAAAAGGAAGUUUGAGAGGACAUACAUCCUUUUUUGUGCAAUGGGAUGUUUUCUUUGGUGUGUGCACCUCAAGCUGGCACAGCCUGUCACCUCAGCUUGGCACUGGCACAUUCAUUACCUGUACUUAUCCAGGAAAAGUUGACAAAGAGUGAGGCUGUCUUUUACAGGAAGCUGCUCAUUGGGGAAAUGUGAAUUUUGAUUUAUCUUCUUUUUUAUUAGUCUUGGUUGCAUCAAAGUCAAAGGUCAUUACAUUUACCCACCCUCUGUUUCAUGUGUAAUACGACCAUGAGAAUUAAAACAUUUUUAUGGAGCAAUGAGUUCAAAGCUUACUGAGUAUGAAGGGUAAGUGUCCAGAGAGAAGUAAACGAACACUUUAAUAGUUAAACUUUUUCUCCCUCAGUUGGCAGAAUUCAUUAAACUCCUUUAAACUUGAAUGGAGAUUGGUGGUAAAGCACCAGCUGGGUGGUUUGAUGUUCUGUCUUUUCCUCCCAGAUUACCCACAUUGCUCCUCUCAGAGUGUGUGCUGGUCUACAUGACGCCCUCACAGUCCUCCAAUCUGGUUCACUGGGCUGCAGAAACCUUCCAUACAGCAAUGUUUAUCAACUACGAGCAGGUAAACAAGUCUUCACAGGAGCUUUAAUAUUUAUUUACUAUUAUAAAAAGAAAAUAUUGAAAAAAAUAUUGAACUAUCCAAAACAUAAAUUCUUGACUCAUACAUACAAAUUCAGUUGUUUAUAUAUACAAAAUACAAUUUAAAGUUCCUUAUAGUAACUGAGCAUUGUGUGAACAUUCAGGUGAACAUGAGCGACCGCUUUGGUCAGGUGAUGAUCGAGAACCUGCAGCGUCGCCAGUGCACCUUAGCAGGAGUGGAGGCCUGCCAGUCUUUGGAGUCUCAGGUGAACAUCUGUCACUUGUAUCUUUUUUUUCCACUUUGUCUAUUUCAAAUUAUAUUCUGAUAACUUGAAUCGGUACAUUUGACAUUUCCAGAAGGAGCGGUUUCUGAAGACAGGCUGGGAGCAUGCUGAUGCUCUGGACAUGAUGACGGUUUACAGUAUGCUGCCGCAGGAUGAUGUAGCGAGGUAAUGCAGGAUUAAACAGCCAGAGAUAAGUGUAAUAAUGGGUGCCAAUAUUUCUUUGUACACUCAGGUGUGAAGGAUUUAGAAAAUUGAGUUUUUCUUCAUUAUCUGUAUUAAAGGGAUAUUUCAGCGUAAAAUUAAGUUAGACUCCGUAACACCGACCAAGACCCCCCUCGAGAGAUGAAUGUUGCUAACUACAUGCUUCUCUACACAGCGGUCUAAGGAUCCACGCACAAACCUCAACCAAAAAGCCACUCUAUAGCCACAAAUAAUGCUCAGAAAAGCAGCUAACUUAAUCAACAGUACAUAUAGGGUCCCAGCUAUAGCACUAGCCACCAAACACCUUUUUAGCUUUGCCUGAUUUCUUCAGGAAAGGGACUAAACACAACUCACCUACUCUCUUCCAGCAGCCGAUUGUCUGUUGAGGAGCCCUGACGAGUCGAUCACCGAGUGCAGUGGGAUCAUUUCCACGCGGUAGAUCUUCUGCCUUAGCGUCACAGUCUGAUUGCAUUUCCAUGAAGUAAUAAUCUUAAAUGUUCUUCCUUGAGCUGCGAAACUCUGCUGCACUCGGUGAUCGACUCGUCAGGGCUCCCCCACAAACAAGCAGCUGCUGGAAGAGAGUGGGUGAGUUGUGUUUAGUCCCUUUUCUAAAGAAAUCAGGCAAAGCUAAAAAGGUGUUUGAAGGCUAGUACUAUGGCUGGGACCCUGUAUGUACUGUUGAUGAAGUUAGGUGCUGUUCUGAGCAUUAUUUGUUAUUUGUGGUUAUAGAGCGGCUUUUUGGUUGAGGUGUGUAUUGCUAUCCUGCGGUCAUUACUAAAAUUGGUAUAACUAGAGAAACAAGCAGUUGGCAACAUUCAUCUCUCGGUGUCACGAUGUGUUUGACCCUAACUUUAUUUUACACCGGAAUAUCCCUUUUGAGCCCAAUAAAUAAGAUCACAUUUUCCCCACUGUUUUCAGAAUCGAAAGUCUGGAGUUUCUGGAUGAGAGGGAGCUCUUACAGCAGCUUCUCCAGCACUACAGCAUCUGCUGGGCCACCAAGGACAGGCUCAAUCUGGGUAAUGUAGAUCAUAAAACGCUAACGUCUAGAUGUCCACUGUGGCGCCAUGCUGUCCUUUACUUUGUUUACUUAGUGUUACUCAUUUGUGUUAAAUUUUUCAUAUUUCCACCCAUCCGUCCAGCUCAAAUGCCUGCUGAGGUGGUUUACAAGAACAGGUCAUGUUCUGUUUCCUCAGGUUUGUCACAGCUGGGAUUUUAAGAGUGAGACUGCUCCACUGUUGGGCUUCUGCUUCACAUGUGCAAAUGCCAAGAUCAACAACUGGAGAAGAUGUGUAGAGGGGAGUAAUUGGAAAAGAGGAAACCCUCAACCUUCCAUCUUGUCCUGGACUGGGAGUUGUUCCGGUGUGAAAACCCCCUCCAUCAGCAGAAUGUGUUUUAAUGAGCAUACCUCUGCCACCCAGAGCUGGUAGUGGAAAAAAAAAGGUUGUGUUAGAAGCUGCAGUGAGGUCUGAGGCUACGCUGGCACUGAAUUAUCAACUGUAAAUGAAAUCAGUGUUGUUUGAGUCUUUAAAGAAUGUAAGUUUGAAGAAUGCAAAUAAAUGUUUGUGCUUGUCUGGGUUUUAAUGUGCCAUCUGGAUGUUAUUUUGUAACCAACUGUGCUCCUCAGACUCAGUUUCUAACAAAAUGUACAUGCAUGUGACAGAACUGACAGUAAAUGUUUAGAAAUGAGACUAACUUACAAUCUUUUAGUUUAUGAGGAUUCAUCCAUAAAUGUUUUCUAACAGGAUACAUUUGUGAUGAACUGAAUGAAGAGGGCAGGUCAUGUGCAGUUGAAUUAAAAAGUCCUUUGUGUAAGACGG